UCCCAAGCCUCCUUCCUCCUCCUCCUGCCGCCGCCGCCAUGGUGGGCAAAGCGGCGAGGCGGCCGCGGCUGCACCAGGCGGCGCCCAGGCCGGCCAAGGACCUCUGGACCCCGGGCGAGAACGAGACGCCGCUCCCGACGGGCGCCCAAGCGGCGAGGGCCGCGGCGGGCGAGGUAUUUUUUACCUCAAACGUCUUUGCUGGAGUGAAGAUUGAUCCCAAAAGUCUGGUGAAGACAUUGGACAUUGAUUCUAGAAGCAUCUCUUCAGCCAUAAAGGGUGAAGAUGAAAAGGUACUUUUGCCUAAGAAAGAAAAAAUGAAGCUGCGAAAAGAGAGGUGGUUGCAAAAAAUAGAAAAUAUCAAGCUAGCAAAACAACAGCAAAAAGCAGAAGCAAAGCGAAAAGCUACCCCGGUAGUUGGAGAUAUGCAUCCUUUGAUGGACGCUCUGCCUGAGCUCUCAGCCCUGGGAGCUGUUAGCAAGUUCUGCAGACAUCCUAAAACCCCAGCAAAGAAGAUGCUGCUGACUAACUUUUGUCAGAUGAAAUCAACCCAGAAACGCAAAGUCUUGAUGCAGGAAGUAGCACAGUUUCACAAGACUAUAUCGGAUCCUUUGUUCAAAGCUAGCCCUUUGACAGUCCUUGGUGAGCAUCUUUCCGAAAGACUGAAGCUGGAGAGGGAGGGAGAGCCAUUCUGACAUCAUUGCUGGGACUGUUUGAGAGCACAAGAGAUUGGAUUCCCGCAAACACACUGCAUGAUGGAUGACCUUACAUGCCCACUGUGCCAGCAUAACUUGCAAGAUUCCACAGGAUUAUGACAUUCAGUGACCUUGUUUUCUGCCAACAGAAAUAAUGCUGCCAACACUGAUGAUUGCUGCAAUGCUGUCUACUGUUUUACUAGAAGCUCUUGGGGAUUGUUCUUGAUUCCCACUCUGCUAUAUCAUGCACCAGAUGUCGUUUCUCUUUUCUUUCCAUAGUUCCUAUGAAGUAUUACAUCCUCUCCUUUAGGAGUAAUGCAGCAUUGGCAUCAUUCUCCUGAAAUUAUAUUCAAUAGAGAUUAAGUCUGAUCCUGUUUCCACGAACAAUUCAACUGAAAAAUAUCUGUUCUUGUUAGUUUUCGAUACUGAUUUGGCAGGUGCACAAUGUAAAGUUUAGUUUUUCUACAUAAUAAAUAUUUUUCCCCCGUA